AGGAGGGACGCAGCUGCCCCUGGAGGAAGCAGGGCGACAUCCUGUAUACUUGAAAAGAAAACUGAAAGUGCCUUUCUUCACAAGAAACUAUUGUGUUUUCCUCUUUUUUCAUAACCCACAGGGAAGGUGUCAGCCAGCUGGAGCCCACCCCGAGGAGCCCCGUGCUAUAUGAUAGGGUCCUGGUGAUAGGAACCUCUCUUCUGGCUGUUAACGUGCAUUCCUGUGUAGAUGUGGAAAGAGAGAGAGCAUGCCGGAGCCGGAGCUAGGAUAGGAAUGAGUCUGCAGCACAGAGAAGCCAUGCCACAGGCCUGAGAACUCACAGCAAACCCCGACUAUCUGAGAUCCGCCGAGAUGACUGAAGUGAUGAUGAACACCCCAUCCAUGGAGGAGAUUGGCCUCAGCCCCCGAAAGGACGGCCUUUCCUAUCAGAUCUUCCCCGACCCGUCGGACUUUGACCGCUGCUGCAAGCUCAAGGACCGUCUGCCGUCCAUCGUGGUGGAGCCCACGGAGGGCGAGGUGGAGAGCGGGGAGCUCCGGUGGCCCCCCGAGGAGUUUUUGGUCCAGGAGGAUGAGCCGGACAACUGUGAAGAGACAGAGAAAGACAACAAGGAGCAAUAGAGUCCCUGUCGACUCCCUCGGGGGCCACACCAGACGGCAUCUGUCCCUGAACUGUGUUCUUUCCCAUUGUGAUGGAAGAAGGGAGUGAGCCACAGUCGUUCUGAAAAUGUCAAAUGAUGGCUUCCGUUUUGCACCUGCAAAUCACCGAGUUGGUUUUCUUUUCUUUUCUUUUCUUCUUUUGAAACGUGCUGGGCAGUGGAGCCCUCUGCGACCAUUUGCAAGGCCUUCUGAGAAAGGAAGCCGCUUAGAGCAGGGGUGGGGGGGUGCGGGGUGGGAGGUGGUGCGUCUUCGAGAUGGGUAUCUGAACCGGCGCAGGCUAGAGGCAGCGCGGGAUUCCAGGGGGCCCUGGGGGGCUGGGGAGGGGGGUAGGGAGUUGUGCAUCGCCCGUAAGAAACAUUCAGGUUAAGAGAACCCAUGGGAGACAGGAGACGGAAGAUAAAAUACCCGUUUGAAAGGAAGCCUUGAGCAGAGGGGGGCCUCUGGGAAGUUGCCCGCCAGCGGCUGCUGGGGUAUCCGAAAACAACGCGUUCCUCACUCUCUCCAGCUCUGCCCACCACCAGCCUUUGCUUUUAUGUCAGCUAUGUUGGUCUGUUCACGGGAGGCUGGGAAAGAAGAGCCGCAGAAACCGGCGUCUGCAAAGCCGGCCGGAGGCAAGCGUGGGAAAGGAGGACUCCCUGCUCCUCCUCCAGCCUCUGCUCCAGCUGUGGCAGGUUCUGGAGGUUUCUUAAGAGGCAGCACUCUUGAGCUUCUCUCUCCUGAUUUAUUCUUUUGCCCUCCCCCAGCCCUUUAGGAGGAGCGGGAGCAUUUCCCACUCUGGUGGGGACACCGAGGUGGACGCUGACAUGAAGACCCCUCCCCCUUGCCCCCCCAGGCUUGCUCUGUUCCGAGCAGAGGCACAGAGCCCUGGCUCUACCAGGCCGGCCCUCCUUCUCCUUAGCACCAUCUCUGUAGCCCCUGGGCCGAGCAGUCAGGCGGAGGCGACUCCCAGCCUGCCCCGCGGUGGUGCCCACCCCCGCAUGGGCUCCCGGUCCCUUUUUCUGGUGGGAGCUGAGGGGAGAGAAGUGGAGACUCUUUCUGUUUCUUGUUGGGAAGCUGAGCUUUAAGGGAGGUCCUAGAUCUGGGAAUUAUCUGAUGGGGGUAACAGGGCUCUCAUGCAGCAGCCUGGGGACUGAGUGUGAAACAAGGGGUCAUGAGAUCCCCCUGGUUUCUCCUUGUGCUCUGGACGUAGGUAGAUGGACGGCAUGGUCAGGGAACACUGAGCAUUGGUCCUCAUCCCUCUCCGCCCCUACUUGUCCCCUGCAAGGGCACAGCUGCACGAGAAAGCUAGCCUUGGACUUACAGCUUCUUAUAGUUAAAAACCAUCUGGAGCAGCCGGUUGCAGGACGCACUCUUGGAACCUUCUCUGGCUUUCAGCACGAGUGUGCAGCUGAGAGCUGAGCUCCAGAGCCUCCCGGAGGCUGAACUGGGCCCACGGAGGCAUGCUGGCAGCUCUCCCGUAGGUCUGGGUUGACCCCAGUUUGGGACUUGUGUAUAGAGCUGUAUUUAAUACCUCAAGGUUGGUGUGGUUGGGGGGAUCUGGGGCAGGAGGAGGGUGUGUGAUUGACAUCGUGGCAGGAUUUGGUUCUGGGAAGCUGACGCUCGCCCCUCCCCGCCCCCUUCCCACCCGUGUUGUCUGCUUGUGUUACACACACCGAUGG